AUGACCCCGACGGCUGGGUCCCCACGCCUAGGUCAGUCUUGUAGACCUAAGAUGACCCCCGACGCCCGGGUCCCCACGCCUAGAGCAUCGCUGUGUGGUGCUGGCAGUGCUGGGGGGGGGGGAGUUAAUGGUGGAGUUAAGGGGGUGGUUAGAGGUGGAGUUAAUGGUGGAGUUAAUGGUGGAGUUAAUGGUGAAGUUAAUGAUGAAGUUAAUGGUGGAGUUAAUGAUGAAGUUAAUGGUGUAGCUAGAGGUGGAGUUAAUGGUGUAGUUAAUGAUGAAGUUAAUGGUGUAGUUAGAGGUGAAGUUAAUGGUGUAGUUAAUGGUGGAGUUAAUGGUGUAGUUAAUGAUGAAGUUAAUGGUGGAGUUAAUGGUGGAGUUAAUGGUGGAGUUAAUGGUGGAGUUAAUGAUGAAGUUAAUGGUGUAGCUAGAGGUGGAGUUAAUGGUGUAGUUAAUGAUGAAGUUAAUGGUGUAGUUAGAGGUGAAGUUAAUGGUGGAGUUAAUGGUGAAGUUAAUGGUGUAGUUAGAGGUGAAGUUAAUGGUGUAGUUAAUGAUGAAGUUAAUGGUGUAGUUAGAGGUGAAGUUAAUGGUGGAGUUAAUGGUGAAGUUAUUGGUGUAGUUAGAGGUGAAGUUAAUGGUGUAGUUAAUGAUGAAGUUAAUGGUGUAGUUAGAGGUGGAGUUUAUGGUGUAGUUAGAGGUGAAGUUAAUGGUGUAGUUAGAGGUGAAGUUAAUGGUGUAGUUAAUGAUGAAGUUAAUGGUGUAGUUAGAGGUGAAGUUAAUGGUGUAGUUAAUGAUGAAGUUAAUGGUGUAGUUAGAGGUGAAGUUAAUGGUGGAGUUAAUGGUGAAGUUAAUGGUGUAGUUAGAGGUGAAGUUAAUGGUGGAGUUAAUGGUGAAGUUAAUGGUGGAGUUAAUGGUGUAGUUAGAGGUGAAGUUAAUGGUGGAGUUAAUGGUGUAGUUAGAGGUGGAGUUAAUGGUGGAGUUAGAGGUGGAGUUAAUGGUGUAGUUAGAGGUGAAGUUAAUGGUGUAGUUAAUGAUGAAGUUAAUGGUGUAGUUAGAGGUGGAGUUAAUGGUGUAGUUAGAGGUGAAGUUAAUGGUGUAGUUAGAGGUGAAGUUAAUGGUGUAGUUAAUGAUGAAGUUAAUGGUGUAGUUAGAGGUGAAGUUAAUGGUGGAGUUAAUGGUGAAGUUAAUGGUGUAGUUAGAGGUGAAGUUAAUGGUGGAGUUAAUGGUGAAGUUAAUGGUGUAGUUAGAGGUGAAGUUAAUGGUGUAGUUAGAGGUGAAGUUAAUAGUGUAGUUAAUGGUGAAGUUAAUGGUGUAGUUAGAGGUGAAGUUAAUGAUGUAGUUAAUGUUAAUGGUGAAGUUAAUGGUGGAGUUAGAGGUGAAGUUAAUGGUGGAGUUAGAGGUGGAGUUAAUGGUGGAGUUAGAGGUGGAGUUAAUGGUGUAGUUAGAGGUGAAGUUAAUGGUGUAGUUAAUGGUGAAGUUAAUGGUGUAGUUAGAGGUGAAGUUAAUGAUGUAGUUAAUGGUGAAGUUAAUGGUGUAGUUAAUGGUGAAGUUAAUGGUGGAGUUAGAGGUGGAGUUAAUGGUGGAGUUAAUGUUGAAGUUAAUGGUGUAGUUAAUGGUGUAGUUAGAGGUGGAGUUAAUGGUGGAGUUAGAGGUGAAGUUAAUGGUGUAGUUAAUGUUGAAGUUAAUGGUGUAGUUAAUGGUGUAGUUAGAGGUGGAGUUAAUGGUGGAGUUAGAGGUGGAGUUAAUGGUGUAGUUAGAGGUGAAGUUAAUGGUGUAGUUAGAGGUGAAGUUAAUGGUGUAGUUAAUGAUGAAGUUAAUGGUGUAGUUAGAGGUGAAGUUAAUGGUGUAGUUAAUGAUGAAGUUAAUGGUGUAGUUAGAGGUGAAGUUAAUGGUGGAGUUAAUGGUGAAGUUAAUGGUGUAGUUAGAGGUGAAGUUAAUGGUGGAGUUAAUGGUGAAGUUAAUGGUGGAGUUAGAGGUGGAGUUAAUGGUGUAGUUAGAGGUGAAGUUAAUGGUGGAGUUAAUGGUGUAGUUAGAGGUGGAGUUAAUGGUGGAGUUAGAGGUGGAGUUAAUGGUGUAGUUAGAGGUGAAGUUAAUGGUGUAGUUAAUGAUGAAGUUAAUGGUGUAGUUAGAGGUGGAGUUAAUGGUGUAGUUAGAGGUGAAGUUAAUGGUGUAGUUAGAGGUGAAGUUAAUGGUGUAGUUAAUGAUGAAGUUAAUGGUGUAGUUAGAGGUGAAGUUAAUGGUGGAGUUAGAGGUGGAGUUAAUGGUUUAGUUAAUGGUGAAGUUAAUGGUGGAGUUAGAGGUGGAGUUAAUGGUGGAGUUAGAGGUGAAGUUAAUGGUGGAGUUAGAGGUGGAGUUAAUGGUGGAGUUAGAGGUGGAGUUAAUGUUGGAGUUAGAGGUGGAGUUAAUGGUGGAGUUAGAGGUGGAGUUAAUGGUGGAGUUAAUGGUGGAGUUAAUAGUGGAGUUAAUGGUGGAGUUAAUGGUGGAGUUAGAGGUGGAGUUAAUGGUCGAGUUAAUGGUCGAGUUAGAGGUGGAGUUAAUGGUGGAGUUAAUGGUGGAGUCAGAGGUGGAGUUAAUGGUGUAGUUAGAGGUGGAGUUAAUGGUGGAGUUAAUGGUGGAGUCAGAGGUGGAGUUAAUGAUGGAGUUAAUGGUGGAGUUAAUGGUGGAGUUAAUGGUGGAGUUAAUGGUGGAGUUAAUGGUGGAGUUAGAGGUGAAGUUAAUGGUGGAUUUAAUGGUGGAGUUAAUGGUGGAGUCAGAGGUGGAGUUAAUGGUGGAGUUAAUGGUGGAGUUAAUGGUGGAGUCAGAGGUGGAGUUAAUGGUGGAGUUAAUGGUGGAGUUAGAGGUGAAGUUAAUGGUGGAGUUAAUGGUGGAGUUAAUGGUGGAGUUAAUGGUGGAGUUUAUGGUGGAGUUAAUGGUGGAGUUAAUGGUGGAGUUAAUGGUGGAGUUAAUGGUGGAGUUAGAGGUGGAGUUAGAGGUGGAGUUAAUGGUGGAGUUAAUGGUGGAGUUAAUGGUGGAGUUAAUGGUGGAGUUAAUGGUGGAGUUAGAGGUGGAGUUAGAGGUGGAGUUAAUGGUGGAGUUAAUGGUGGAGUUAAUGGUGGAGUUAAUGGUGGAGUUAAUGGUGGAGUUAGAGGUGAAGUUAAUGGUGGAGUUAAUGGUGGAGUUAAUGGUGGAGUCAGAGGUGGAGUUAAUGGUGGAGUUAAUGGUGGAGUUAAUGGUGGAGUCAGAGGUGGAGUUAAUGGUGGAGUUAAUGGUGGAGUUAGAGGUGAAGUUAAUGGUGGAGUUAAUGGUGGAGUUAAUGGUGGAGUUAAUGGUGGAGCUAAUGGUGGAGUUUAUGGUGGAGUUAAUGGUGGAGUUAAUGGUGGAGUUAAUGGUGGAGUUAGAGGUGGAGUUAAUGGUGGAGUUAAUGGUGGAGUUAAUGGUGGAGUUAAUGGUUGA